GAAAACCGAAGAGCGCGAAUUUUACACUUGUCCGCUUACCCCAAACAAUUCCCUCAAAUUAGAUUAGAUUUCCCCAACUUUUGCUUUUUCUCCCUCUCUCUCUGUGUGUGUGUUUAUGUGUAUAUAUGUAUGUAUAUCUGCGGCUGCGCAGGUUCGCCGUCCUCAAGUGACGCAAUUCACAUUCCCACCGGCCUUUAAAUCACAAUUGCUGGAUUUUGCUUGUAUGAAAGCCCAAUGACGGUGUCAAAAUCUAUUGGAAUGGCUGAUAGUGAAUGUGCUGCUGGUGAGAUCGAUAAGAUUACUGGAACCAAAAGUUCCGUAUCGGAGUUUGUAAAUAGAUCUCCCGGAAGCAAUGCUAGGAGUGGUCACAUUGUCUAUGUUCGCCGAAAACCUGAAACAGAUUCGAAAAAAACAGAUUCCAUGAAGUCUGACGGCCAGUGUGUGCCAGCUCAACAAUCUACGGAGGUGAAUAAAUCCAUGACUUGCGCUCCUGAUGCCACACUUCUGCCUAGGGCUUCUUCACCGAAUUCCUCAUCCACGAGACGCUCGGUUUCUCCUUCUCCUGGAACCCCUGGUAAUGCCAAAUCAGCAGAAAGCGCUGAGCCUGAGUAUGUCCAUAUCAACAGUUCAAAUCCGUCAUCUGAACCUUUGGGAAAAGCAAACGUUGUUGCGUCCUGGGAAGAACGAUAUCGCUGCUUGCAGAGUUUGUUGAAAACGUUGGAUCAGUCGAACCAACAAUAUGUUCAGAUGCUUCGGUCGCUAUCCUCCGUUGAGCUCAGCAGGCAAGCUGUUGAACUUGAAAAACGAUCAAUGAAGCUCUCUAUGGAGGAAGCAAAAGAGAUUGAACGAGCUGGCAUGUUGGGCAUGUUGGGUGAAUGUGGAAAGAAGAUUGUUUCUAAAGCUUCCUCUACUCAGCAAGAUGAGUUACACAAGUAAGAAAAGCAUUACAAAGGCUCUCAUAUGUUUAUCAGAACCAAUACAAAUUCCAAACUGACGAGGUGCUUCUAGCAAUCAGCAUUGUGUACAUGUUGUGAUAAAAUAAUAAUAAUAAUUAUAAAUAAUGAUGUACGGCUUCUCAUAGGGGAUGAAGGUCGUUCAAGUUAUACACACCUUAGCAGGGUAGAUUUUCAACUAGAACCAGUGCAUUAUUUAUGUGUGUUAUAUUUUAACUGAACUACAUGUAUUGGUGAAGAAGAUUCGAUGCCAGCUGAACAGAAUUACCCGACAUUAUAUUAGUUUUUCUCAACCAAGUUUUCAUUUCUUGACUGGAAUACAUGUGAUGCUGUAUAUUUUCGAAAU